AUCAGGAAGAGCUGAAAUCUGCAAAGACUGAGUUUAUUAAAGAGGACAGUGAGAACAUGAGUGAUCCAGAACCCUGCAGAAUGAAACACACUGAAGAUACUGAAGAACAAAGAGACCUGAUGGAAGUGAAGGAGGAGAGUGAGGAACUGAGUGAAGUGGAGGAGAAACAUCAUGACAAACCUGGAGAAAAACCUUUGAGUCGCUCAAAAACUAAAAAAACAUUUUUAAAGAAAAGAAGAGAGAAGAAAUCUACAACCUGCACUCAGUGUGGAAAGAGUUUCUCAAACAAACAACAUCUUGAGAUUCACAUGAGAGUUCAUACUGGAGAGAAGCCGUUCACAUGUGAUCAGUGUGGGAAGAGCUUCUCAAGGAAAGAUAGUCUUGAGAUUCACAGUGCAGUUCACACCGGAGAGAAGCCGUUCACAUGUGAUCAGUGCCCCAAAACAUUUCUCUGGGCAUCAAACCUGAAGAGACACCUGAUAGUUCAUAUGAAGGAAAAGCCACAUUCAUGUUCUGUGUGUGCAAAGAGUUUUUCACUGCUGCCAAAUUUACACAGACAUCAGAAAAUUCAUACCGGUGUGAGAGAGUACAUGUGCUUUGAGUGUGAGAAGACUUUUAUUUCGGCAAACAAUUUAAAACUGCACCAGAGAGUUCACACUGGAGAAAAACCUUACAAGUGUUCACACUGUGACAAGAGAUUCAUUCAGUCAUCAUCUCUGAAAACACAUGAGAGGAUCCACAGCAGAGAGAAGCCGCACACGUGUGAUCAGUGUGGAAAGAGUUUCUCUAUUAAAAGUCACCUGAAGCGACACAUGAAGAUCCAUGCAGUGGAGAAAACACAUCACCACAGUCUGAGAUCACAGGAUUGAACCGACUGAAGAUUCAAACACAUUUCUUCCGAUGAUGGUGUUUCCAGUGGCCCUUUCCCAGAUCCUGUUUUCCCAGCUACAUCAGCCUGAUCUGAUCUUUCCUCUCAGGAACUUGAUGAAUCU